CGAGUGCCUCUCGACUUCCAUGCAACUAUAAACAAACCUUUCAUUUUUUUUAACACACAGAUCACUCACCACUCACAAUACCAUGACCCUCUCUCUCUGUUUUCGCAUAUUUACGUAUAAAGAGUGAGAGAAAAAAAGUGAGAAUCGUGUGGGUUCUUCUUUUCUCUUUUUCUUUCUCAUUCAACAAACACUUUCAAACCCCAUUCUGUUUCUUUUUUUAAACAAACUUUCUUAUUUUUUCAUUGUUUCCUCCUCUUGCUCUGCUUCAUAAAAACUAAGCAAGUCUUCUCCUUUCUCUCUUGCCAAACUAAUUACUUGCCUCUUUUGUUAUGGUUCCUCAGAUUGUGAGAUAGAGGGAUCUGUCUUUAACUCUGCUUGCGAGGCAUUAUAGAGAGGAGGAGGCGGCUUUGGGGUUAUCAAGCUCUGUUUUACCUCAUUUUCCUGUCUGGUUUUUUCUGGUUUCUUUUUGGUUAAUAUGAGUCUUCAACACCUAAAGAGUGGGUAUCAAGACUUGAACUUUUUACCUCCACCUGCUGCUUCUCAGCUGUCUCUGGUUAACACAUUUGGGGUAAUUGGUAAGCCUAUAGAGACUGAAACCAUAAAUACUCAUGUGGGGUUUCAGAUUUUGCGCCAUUCAAUGGACCUAAACGGAAACCCAUGGAGUAUUCAUCAGGUAGAAAACAGGGGAACUAAGAGGCCUAAUGAUGGGAGUGAUGGGCUUUUCGGAGUUCAAAAGAAAGCUCUCUCUUUGAAUUUAGAUGAAGAAGAGGAGCCUAAUGGCUCUACUCCUGGUAAAAAUGGGUAUACAAAGCUUUGUGCACGAGGCCAUUGGAGACCUGCUGAAGAUGCUAAACUCAAAGAGCUUGUGGCUCAAUACGGCCCUCAAAACUGGAAUUUAAUUGCUGAGAAUCUCCAAGGAAGAUCGGGGAAGAGCUGUAGAUUAAGGUGGUUCAACCAACUGGAUCCAAGAAUCAACAAAAGGGCUUUCACCGAGGAGGAAGAAGACAGACUCUUAGCUGCUCAUAGAUUAUAUGGUAACAAAUGGGCUAUAAUUGCGAGGCUCUUCCCCGGCAGAACUGAUAAUGCAGUGAAGAAUCAUUGGCAUGUGAUCAUGGCUAGAAAACAUAGAGAACAAUCAAGCAUUUACAGAAGGAGGAAGCCCUCUUCUUCUUCUAAAGUAGUCCCACCCAUCAAAGAACUUGAUGUUAAUUUGCAAACCAAUGCUUGCAGUGAAUCAACAACCAUCUCUAGCACCAUUGAUGAAUCUGCUUCAACAUGCACUGAUCUCUCCCUCAGCCCUUCUUCAACCAAACCACACCCUAAGCUUUUCACUAGGUUCAGUCUCCAAGGAGCUCCCAUGGAUUCAUCUGCAGAAAAGGAAGUGAUGAUGAGAAAUAUAGCAUUUGACAAGUUCUAUAGCUGUAGUGGUGGCAAAGAGUUGUAUCAAACUGGGUCCAUGGGAGUGGUUAGGGUGAUGGACCAAUGUGGUCAGUCAGAUUCAAACUCGGAAGUAUCUGGAACUGAGUCAGUUGGAACCAACAGGAUCAGCCCCUCUCUCUUUGGUGACAAUGAAGAUGGGAAUCAGAAAAUCAACUCGGCCUUUAUUGACUUCCUCGGGGUCGGAGCUUCAUGAGGUGAAUUCAUUUUGGUAGAAAUUAAUUAGAGGAAACCAGGCAGAAGUGGGUGUUAGGCUCUCAUCCUCAGCUCUCAUUGCUGCAGGCUUACAGAGUUUCAUAUACAGUUAGUUCCAUAAGUAGAAAAAGAGAACAGCAGUAAAAAAACAGGUAAAUAGGAUGGGAAGCAGCAGCAGCAGCCCUAUUUGUUUAAAAAAUAAUCCUUAAAAAAAAAAAAAGAAACCCCUCUUAGUUUUGGACUUAUUUUAUGUAGAAAAAAAAUCAUAUGGGCUCAGGCUAAAGUGAUCAUCUGUGAUGUAUUAUGUAUAUGCCUACAAGGCAUUUUGUAAUAGUGGAAGAGAGGCAAAAGCCAAAGCCAAAAUAUGAUUGUGUUAUUAUUAUUGUUAUUUU